CAAUAUUUAUAAUGAGGAAAAUUAAAUAUAUAAUGGGAUAUAUCUAUAUUCAAAUUAAAAAUAAAAACGAGCAAAAAAAAUUGCGCGUGACAAGUAUCGCCGCCAAGCGGACAUCGAAGGAAAUAUUCCUUGUCUAUAUUACUGUCGUACAGUUCCAUCGGGCAUUCGGUGACUUGAAGUCAUCCGGUAAAUUAUGAUCCUUUUAUGAUGUGCCUUUGUAUUUCGUAAACACGGUGAGGUGUGUUAAUGUUCUGUUGCGCGUGUUUAAACAGACUGUGAUACGAAAGUGUGUCCGAUGUUAAAACAUGUACCGUUUAUUAUAUACAUAUUACAAUUAAAGAUAACACACGAUAUCUAGCCGAAAGUAUGCUCGAUGCACUGCGAUGCAAUCACAUCUACGUUAAGUGCGCUUAUACUUUUUCUCAUAAUAACAACAAAACGUUAAUCGCGUCAGUUCCAGCUACACGUGUUCAUCGAACAUGUCUAUGAAGAAUGUUUUUAGUACCUCUUGAGAGCAGAAUUUGUUUGCUCGAUAUUUGCUUGCCAACUCUGUCUGUCGAUUUACAUUUUAAUUAUGAUCACGUUUCGUGAUUUCAUGGCGCACAUGACGGAUAAGCAUUCUGUUUCGAUUAAUUCCGUUAAUAGGUGCUCUCGCUGAGACCAACAUUCGAAAGAAAGAAUCACCUUGGGACGUAGAAUUACAUUUGGCAGCGGCACGUGGCGAUGCGAAGCGUCUUCGAGUUCUCCUCGAUUCUGGUCGCGUCCAUGUCGAUUGCAAAGAUAAGAUCGCAGGUAAUAAUUAUCAGCAAGUCAGAAUAUCUUUGCAUAACAUUAACGAGCUUGGUAAUAACACAAAUUAAGUCUUAACAGCAAAUCCUACAAAUUCUAAGUUAUCUGUAUUAUCCUAUUUCAUGAAGGAUUAUAAAAUUGUAAAAGAAGAAAACUAUAAUCCAUUAAUUUGUAAUUUGUCAAUUUGCUAAUAUUAUUAUAUAAUGAGUUUAUUGUGCAAGAGAGGAAAGCUAUAUUCGUUCUCAUUGACGCAUCUACGAAAUCAUCGACAUCGAACCAAUAGACACCAUAGGAAAUCAGUUACCGGGAGACGAUCUGUCGUUUCAUUAUGCAAAUAACGACGUAUCGUUGAAAGAGCGAAUUCAAAUAACGUUAUUCCUAGUUUGAAAAGUGGCUUAUUGGAUUACGCACGGAUAUUCGUUCCACUUUGGCAGACGAUCAAAUUUAACCCGCUAUAUUCGGGGGAAUUUGGAAUUUGAUCAAGAGAAGUAACAGUUUUAACGUUAACCUUCUUUUAAAUGUCAUGGCGUCGUUUCCGUUUGCCCACCACCAUUUAAAGGAUAUCUUAAGUCAUUUUUCUUUACUAAUUUGCAGACGAUCGGUUAAAUUAAUCGCGUCAUUAAGGAUCGGCCUUCUCGAUUGGUCGUUACAUCAAUUGAGGAACCUUACUAACAAUCGCCGCGUUAUUGCACUAAAUUAGUGAUGCAGCGACGACGCGUGAUUCGACACACCGGAAAUAUAUAAAAGAAGUGCAGAAAGUAGAGACAGUUUGAAACAAGCGUAAGAUACUGAAGGAGUUACACGACAGAUUUACGACGCUUAAUUGCCUGUUUAAUGAUACUGGAUGGAACGACUCCUUUAAUAUUGGCCGCCGCCGGAGGCCACAUCGAAGCGGUCACCGAAUUGCUGCAACAAGGGGCGGAUCCUAAUGCCAGACGGCUGACGGGUACCACGGCGUUGUUCUUCGCCGCUCAAGGUGGCUACAUGGACAUCGCCAGCCUUUUGUUGGAGCACGGUUCCAUUGUCGACUCUUGCAGCAUAGACGGCGGUACCCCACUUUUUGUCGCGUGCCAGUGCGGUCACCUAGAUGUUGUUGAGGGACUGAUUGAAAGAGGCGCCAAUCCGAACGCUUACAUGAAGGAUGGGGCCACGGCAUUAUUCAUUGCCGCUCAAAAUGGCCACUUACGUAUCCUAGAGGUUCUUCUGGAGCAUGGGGCAAAAACGGACGCGGCAAGAACCGAUGGUGCCACGCCUUUAUGGAUAGGAGCGCAAAUGGGACACGAUCACGUUGUGAGGAGGCUUUUGAAAGCUGGUGCGAAGGUCGAUGCCACCAGACACGAUGGCGCGACUCCGCUAUUCAAGGCGGCUCACAAGGGCCAUACCGCUGUUGUAGGCGAGCUACUCAAGUACCGUCCAUCUCUUGGUAUUCUUCCAAAUGGUGAAAGUGCACUGCAUGCAGCAGCAUUAACAGGACAAAUGACUGUUACAAGACAGCUGGUAGGUGCAGGAGCGGAUCCUUUACUCGUGAACCAAGAAGGUAUCACGCCGCUUCAAUUAGCUAUUAGGCAUUCACAGACACAGGUGGCCAACUAUCUAAAGGAUAAAGUUAGAACGCGAACGGGAACGUCUUAGCAAAAUACGCGUUUAUCACCUACGUGCUAAAAUAGAAAUUAAGGUGAAAGAACGAAGAGGGAAGGAUAUACAGACCAGUGAAAGAGAUCAGUAUUUCUAAAGAAAAUGUAAUAUAUAUACAUAUAAUGUAUAUAUAUACUUUAGACAUAAUUUGUAUACAAGAUGAUCAAGUGAUUACAUCUUUAUCGUAUUUCGCGUAGCGUUAAAUAAGAUUCAAAAAUAAGAGAGAUGUUGAUUUAUGCUACAAUCAUAAGACUGUGGUUUAAAACUCCAUCAUUUUCUUAAAAUUGUUUGUUCAGUGUGUAUAUAUAUUUGGAUAAAUAUAAAACACAUCCUGUAGUAUUUAAAAAUAGGUGAAAUAUAUUUUAAUGUAUUCUCUUGUUGUAAAUAUUUUACAACGUUGAAAAUUCUAAAAAACACUCAUCGAUGUAGACGGCAUACAUCCCACAGAGUUAGUUUUGCGCUAAAACUAUAUAUCUUGUUAAUACUGAACUUGUGGUUACAUAAACGUAAUAUAUAUAUAUAUAUGUACCUUUAAAUAAUACAAUCAUUUUGUUCUAAUUGAGGGUUCUAUAAGACUGAUUGAUUUGCCUUGAAAAAGAGAGUAAAAUUUGAUGAUUCUUUAGUACUAUGUCUAUUUCUUCUUGUUGAUUUAUUUAUAUAUUAUAUUAGUGUUAACGCGGUAUGCACAGAAAAAGGGAGAGAAAAUAUAUUUCAUGUUCUUAAACUAUUCUCUAUGGUGAUAUUAAGAUAUUUUAUUUAGAUGUAUUAUGUUAUUUAGAUAUAAUGAAAUAUAUUUAUAAUUGCUUGUUUGAUGUUACUUUAUAAUAUAAUAAAUACAUUUACUGUUUU